GCGCUGCAAGGGUGCGGUCCUGGGGAGCAAGGUCUAGUCCGGCGCCCGCGAUCCCCCUCCCGCCUUCCAUUGCCCCAACUUCCCUCCGCCGACCGGCGCGCGGGUCCCGGGUCUGUGGUCACGUGGGCGGCGGCGGGCAAGCGCCAUGAGGCGGGCGGCGCUGCGGCUUUGUACCCUGAGCAAAGGGCUGCUUGCUCCCAGCAGAGGACUGACUCAAGGAUCUCAGAAUCCCGAGAAACAGAGAGUCUUCCACAUUCAUGAAGCAUGUUCACCAAUACAUGUGAAUCAUGUUCGAGAUAAGUUGCGGGAGAUAGUAGGAGCAUCCACAAACUGGAGAGACCACGUGAAAGCAAUGGAGGAAAGAAAAUUACUUCAUAGUUUUUUGGCUACGUCACAGAAAGGACUGCCACCUAGGAGAAUGAAAGACAGUUACAUUGAAGUUCUCUUACCUUUGGGCAGUCAGCCUGAAUUACGAGAGAAAUAUUUGACUGUUCAAAACACUGUAAGGUUUGGCAGGAUUCUUGAGGAUCUUGACAGCUUAGGAGUUCUUAUUUGCUACAUGCACAACAAAAUUCAUUCAGCUAAGAUGUCUCCUUUAUCGAUAGUUACAGCCCUGGUGGACAGGAUUGAUAUGUGUAAGAAGAGCUUAAGCCCAGAACAGGACAUCAAGUUCAGUGGCCAUGUUAGUUGGGUUGGGAAGACGUCCAUGGAAGUGAAGAUGCAUAUGUUCCAGUUACACGACAAUGAAUUUUCCCCUGUUUUGGAUGCGACAUUUGUAAUGGUGGCUCGUGAUUCUGAAAACAAAGGGCCGGCAUUUGUUAAUCCACUCACCCUUGAAAGCCCAGAGGAAGAAGAGCUCUUUAGACAAGGAGAAUUGAACAAGGGGACAAGGGUCGCCUUCAGCUCCAUGUCAUUACUGAAAAUGGCUCCCACUGCUGAGGAGAGGACAACCAUACAUGAGAUGUUUCUUAACACGCUGGAUCCAAAGACUAUAAGUUUUCGAAGUCGAGUUUUGCCUCCUAAUGCAGUGUGGAUGGAGAAUUCAAAACUGAAGAGCUUGGAUAUUUGCCACCCUCAGGAGCGGAACAUUUUCAAUAGAAUCUUUGGUGGUUUCCUUAUGAGGAGAGCAUAUGAACUUGGAUGGGCUACUGCUUGUAACUUCGGUGGUUCCCGACCAUUUAUAGUCACCGUGGAUGAUAUCAUGUUUCAGAAACCUGUUGAGGUUGGAUCAUUGCUGUUUCUUUCUUCGCAGGUUUGCUUUACUCAGGGAAAUUACAUUCAAGUCAGAGUACACAGUGAGGUGGCCUCUCUACAGGAUAAAGAGCAUAUGACCACCAAUGUCUUUCAUUUCACGUUCGUGUCGGAAAAAGAAGUGCCCUUGGUUUUCCCCAGAACAUAUGGAGAGUCCAUGUUGUAUUUAGAUGGGCAGCGGCAUUUCAGCUCCAUGAGUGCACCAGUGACCUUGAAAAAGGACUACCUCAUCAAGCCCUAGGAAGACUGCGUUUGUUGAAGGCCAGUGCCCCACAGUGACACAGUGUCUGAUGAAGGCCUGAGCAAGUAUAUUGCUUAGUGUUUAUUCUCAUCCUCCAUAGCGAAGAAGGAUGUAUUCAGCUUUUAGGUUGAUCAGAAAAGUAGAAUGAGAGAAUGGCUGGGUGGGGCAGAGGGGGAAAGAAUUAUUGAAUAAUAAAUACUUUCAAGACAGUUUAAAUUGUGAACCUACCACGUUUCCUCCUGUCUACUCAGGAAAUGAGGGCUGAAUGCCUUUUUAUGUGAGUGGACACAUUCUUUUCUUACACAUAUUGCAACCAUCAAUCUACAUGGUUUCCUGCCAGGGCAUUUGGAGGGCAUUCUUUAAACCUGACCUUUACUGCAAUUCCCCUGUAUUAUUUAAAUCCCAUCAACCCUAUGUGAUUCCUUUGUAUUUUUGCCUCCUUCUAUUUUCCAGCUUUUGUUGUUAGCAGAGGGUAGAUGAAAAGUUGUAGUGAAGGGAUUCAACAAAAGACACAGCAUUUGUAAGGAUUUGUGGGAAGCUUUAGAUCUGAAACCAUACCAAGGAAACACAAAAGACCCCGAAUAGCCAAAGCAAUCUUGAGAAAGAAAAAUGGAGCUGGAGGAAUCAAGCUCCCCGACUUCAAACUAUACUACAAAGCUACAGUGAUCAAGAUGGUAUGGUACUGGCACAAAAACAGAAAUGUAGAUCAAUGGAACAGGAUAGAAAGCCCAGAGAUAAACCCACGCACAUAUGGUCACCUUAUCUUUGAUAAAGGAGGCAAGAAUAUACAGUGGAGAAGACAGCCUCUUCAAUAAGUGGUGCUGGGAAAACUGGACAGCUACAUGUAAAAGUAUGAAAUUAGAACACUGCCUAACACCAUACACAAAAAUAAACUCAAAAUGGAUUAAAGACCUAAAUGUAAGGCCAGACACUAUCAAACUCUUAGAGGAAAACAUAGGCAGAACACUCUAUGACAUAAAUCACAGCAAGAUCCUUUUUGACCCACCUCCUAGAGAAAUGGAAAUAAAAACAAAACUAAACAAAUGGGACCUAAUGAAACUUAAAAGCUUUUGCACAGCAAAGGAAACCAUAAACAAGACGAAAAGACAACCUUCAGAAUGGGAGAAAAUAUUUGCAAAUGAAACAAUGGACAAAGGAUUAAUCUCCAAAAUAUACAAACGGCUCAUGGAGCUCAAUAUCAAAAAAACAAACAACCCAAUUAAAAAAUGGGUGGAAGACCUAAAUAGACAUUUCACCAAAGAAGACAUACAGAUGGCCAAGAGGCACAUGAAAAGAUGCUCAACAUCACUAAUCAUUAGAGAAAUGCAAAUCAAAACUACAAUGAGGUAUCGUCUCACACCGGUCAGAAUGCCCAUUAUCAAAAAAUCUAGAAACAGUAAAUGCUGGAGAGAGUGUGGUGAAAAGGGAACCCUCCCACACUGUUGGUGGGAAUGUAAAUUGAUACAGUCACUAUGGAGAACAGUAUGGAGGUUCCUUAAAAAACUAAAAAUAGAACUACCAUACGACCCAAGCAAUCCCACUACUGGGCAUAUACCCUGAGAACACCAUAAUUCAAAAAGAGACAUGUACCACAAUGUUCACUGCAGCACUAUUUACAAUAGCCAGGACAUGGAAGCAACCUAAGUGUCCAUCGACAGAUGAAUGGAUAAAGAAGAUGUGGCACAUAUAUACAAUGGAAUAUUACUCAGCCAUAAAAAGAAACGAAACUGAGUUAUUUGUAGUGAGGUGGAUGGACCUAGAGACUGUCAUUCAGAAUGAAGUAAGUCAGAAAGAGAAAAACAAAUACAGUAUGCUAACACAUAUAUAUGGAAUCUAAAAACAAAAAUGGUACUGAUGAACCUAGUGGCAGGACAGAUACUUUAUAAAGAAUGGACUUGACACUGGCGGGUGGGGGGAAGGGGAAGCUGGGGCGUAGUGAGAGUAGCAUUGACACAUAUACACUAAAUAGAUAGCUAGGGGGAAGCAGCCGCAUAGCACAGGGAGACCAGCUCGGUGCUUUGUGAUGAC